CAUUUUUUUUUCAUUCCAGAAGACAGGAGCUGCAUGUGUGUCGGUGACUUGUGUGAGCUGUGAGAGAGAGUAGACACCAGCUUGUGAGUCACCUGAAGUAUUUAUACACCAGACUGUAACUGCACCUAGACCGGACAUGUCCUUCCUGCGACAAGAGCCGGUCUUCAAGACCCCCAUGACCUUCAGCCCUCGGAACAUGGGUCAAAGGGCAACGCCAUCCCGACAGGAGAUGUGGAAACAGGAGCUGGGACUGGACGCUCUGUCAGACGAGGAUGGGCACCUGUCGAGUGAUGAGGAGGGGGUGUUGGUGGGGGAUGGCGGCAGCUGUACACUGGUGGAGUACCAGGCACUACAGAGGGAACUCACCGAGCGGAAUCAACAGAGGGAUGACCUGCUCUUUAAAGUCAAGUCCUUACAAGACAAGAACAAGCAGUACAAGUCCCGUCUGGGGAAGGAGGAGGAGAACAAGAAGCAGCAGAUUAAGAUCAUGCGGAAGACGCACGACCACAACCUGCAGGAGAAGCAGAACCUCAUCAAUAACCUGCAAGACGUCAUUGAUGAGCAGGAGACACGCAUCUUUGAGAUGGAGGCAGAAAAAAGAGGUCAGAAUGUUACACGCACUAAGAAGCCGUCCUCGGGGAUCCAGAAGCUGGUGGAACAGAUCAACAAGCUACAGGUGGAGAGAGGCAGUCUACAGGAGCAGUUACUGACAACACAGCUCAACCUGGAGCAGGCUAAGUUGGAUGCUGUAGAGGGGCAGAAGUUCCUGCAGGAGAAACUGCAGGACCAGGAGAGGAAACGACAGCAGGCCCAGAACGAUUUAAUCAGAAUGAGGAGUGAACAGGGUGCCACAGACCAUGAGAAACAGGUCCAGAAGUUGGAGAUUGAGAACGAGAGGCUUCAGCGUGAGGUGAACGAGCUGAGGUCUCGAGUCCACAACCUGAGUCUGGAGGAGAAAUCCCCCAGCAAAGUGGACAGGAGUGAGCUCACUAAACUUGAAACAGUCAACGACAAGCUCCAGAACAAGAUUCUCCGUCUGGAGACGGAGCUGGCCAUCCAGGCCAAGAAGAUGGCGGAGACGCAGGACCGUGAGCAGAGCGGGAAGGACCGCGAGAUCCAGACCCUUCAGCGCCAACUUCGGGAGAAAACACUGGAGAUCAAUAAGCUAAAGUCCCAACCUCCACAGGUCGUGAAGCAGACUGUGGAAGUGGAGUCGCAACACAGCAAGCAGCACCUGGAGCAGGUGAACAAACAGGUGCGGCAGCUGCAGGCACAGCUGGACACGCACAAGAGGCAGAACAGCAGUCUCCAGGUGCAGCUUGAUAGCGCUAAGGAGGCUGAGAAGGUUGCCAUGGAUAAGCUGAACUCCUAUGAGGACGAGAUGGAGGUGGUGAGGUCAGAGUUGACAGAAGAGGUCAGCCAGCUCCGACGGGCCAAUCAGAGUGCUGUACAGCAGGCCAAGAAGGAGGCAGAGGUCAGGACAAAGAGUCUGACAGGCCAGGUAGCCUCCAUGCAGCAGUCCCUGUGCCAGGUGCGACCCCUGGUGGGUGAGCUGCUGAAGGACUAUGCAGCGCUGAAGAAGGAGGCACACAUGUUCCCUAUGAAGCUUCAGGCCUCUGUCAGACAGGUGCAGAGAGAGAUCUGUAAGUCCAUUGCUGACAUCUCACAGACCAACCAGGAUCUAGUCAGGAAAUACAGACACGAGAUGAAGCUGAGGAAAAAGUACCACAAUGAACUCGUAGAGCUGAAAGGAAACAUCCGUGUGCUGUGUCGUGUCCGGCCUGUGAUUCAGGAGGACGGGGAGGGGCAGUCAGCCCGACAGGUCGUGACCUUUGACCAGGAGGAUGACGGUAUAGUGAACUGUCUGCACAAGGGGCGGUGGCAGACCUUUGAGUUGGACCGAGUCUUCACCCAGGAGUCAACUCAGGAGGAGGUGUUUGAGGAAGUGCGUUCCCUGGUGGUGUCUUGCUUGGACGGUUAUAACAUCUGCAUAUUUGCCUAUGGGCAAACAGGAUCGGGCAAGACCUACACUAUGGAGGGUCCACCCUCCAAUCGUGGAAUCAACCAGCGCGCCCUGGCAGAACUGUUCAGAAUCGUUGAGGAGGGCAGUAAGGAUUGGAGCUACGCCAUAACUGUCAAUGUGAUCGAAAUCUACAACGAGAUGGUCAGGGACCUCCUGGGGAAUGACCCCACGGAAAAGCUGGACAUCAAACUGCACAAUGAGGGAGGUCUGCACGUCCCCGGGCUCACCUACACGCAGGUGGUGACCCUAGCCGACGUGAACGAAGUGUUCCAGGUGGCCAUCAACAACAGGGCCACCGCCUGUACCAACAUGAACGAACACAGCUCCCGAUCACACGCCCUGCUGAUCGUAACGGUGGAAGGAACAAACAUCACCACCGGAGCAAAGAUCAUCGGUAAGCUGAACUUGGUAGAUCUUGCGGGUUCGGAGCGUGUGCACAAGUCCCAGGCCGCGGGGGACAGGCUUAAGGAGGCACAGAACAUCAACAGGUCGCUGUCUGCCCUGGGAGACGUUAUACAUUCUCUCCGCAGUAAACAGCCACACGUUCCCUACAGGAACUCCAAACUCACCUACCUGCUGCAGGAGUCACUAGGUGGGGACAGUAAGACUUUGAUGGUUGUCCAGGUGGCACCGGUGGAGAAGAAUGUCGCAGAGACACUUGCAAGCCUGAACUUCGCCCAACGAGUGAGAACCGUAGAGUUGGGACAGGCCACCCAGAAGACUGAGACCGCCGAGAUGGCACAGCUGAAGGAGCGGCUGGGACAGCUGGAACAGGACCCCACCUCACCGUACUUCCAGUCCCCGGGGCGGAAUGGGCGCACCCCCCGCGGCACCCCCACCGGCACGCAGUCUCGUCUGCCCACCUCCAAGAGAAGGUUGUAGUCAGGCAACUUCAUCCUUCCUGUCCAUCAUGGGCUUACAAAUUACAAUGAAGUUACAUUAAUUAUUGUUUUGUAAAUGUGUUAGAAAUGCGUAAUAUCAUGAAAUAUGUAUUAUUAUGUCUUUGUUCUUCCAGUGAACCUCACUGUUGAAAAAAAGGGAUGCUACAGUACCUACAUGUUAGAUUUCAAUAUUUGCUGACUUUGUGCAGUUGUCUUGCCAUGUCUAGGGGGUUUUCCUUGCAGUAUUAUGUCAGCAGUAUUUUUCCUUGAAAUGUGUCUCCUUUGUGACGUGGAUAUUCUGUUCUGAAUGCAAAUCAGACUGUAUGUAAGGAUAUACAUUAUCUGACAAUGUUGGGGCCAAUAAUAAGUAAUCUGCGUCAAAUAUGGAUUAAGAAGUUGCCAUUAAAUACUUCAGUACCCUGUGGUACACAUGUACAUGUAUGGUUUUUCAAUGUUGGACCGGGUGUGCCUACAACUGAGAGCUGGCUCUAGAAGGGUUGUUACAACUCCCAGAGUGCCUUAGACUUCUAUCUCUGUGGUUAUUGUGCUCAGAAAUAUUUAUGUAUUUCAGAUUAUUUGAAUAUUUCAAUUCCAUUUCUACUUACAACUAGAAUGUACCAAGAGGAUAGAAUGAAUAAAAAAUGAUGAAUUUGUGCAAAUAGAUUUAUAUUAUUGAUACUUCAACAUGUAUUUGCUACAUUGCUGAGGUUUAGCCAGGUUUAGUUGUGCAAUCUUAGGGUUUAAGAUAUUUGUAGAUAAAUGUGGUCUCAAAUUAUGUGAUAUUAAAGGUUUUUAUCAAGCAUA